CUAGCAGCGUCACAUCCUCACAUCCACUAGAGACACCUGGUAGAUCAGAAACAUUGUUUCGCUUGUAUUUCUGUAAUAGAACCCGACUCGCUACGAUCGCUAUAAAUCCCGCCGACGACGCUCCAGAACCUACCCACAACCACUCAAGAUGCCGAAAGCAAAGCAAAAGCGCAGCAAAGGUGCUGACAACAACUCUUCGCCCUACUCGAAACCGACAUCAGCCAAGGCGGCAGCGGCUCAUUCAAUUUUCAAGAUGGACAAGGACCUCGGCCAGCAUAUCCUCAAAAACCCUGGUGUCGCAACGGCCAUUGUUCAAAAAGCGCACCUCAAGCAAAGCGAUCACGUCCUGGAAGUCGGUCCUGGUACCGGUAACCUGACUGUUCUGAUACUCAAGGCGGUGAAGCAAGUGACAGCCGUAGAAAUGGAUCCGCGAAUGGCAGCAGAAUUGACAAAGCGAGUACAAGGCUCACCGGAAGAAAAGAGACUGACAAUACGGCUGGGCGAUGUGAUCAAGGCCGAACUUCCACGAUUCGACGUGUGCAUCAGUAACACACCUUACCAAAUCAGUUCUCCCCUGGUCUUUAAACUACUCGCGCUGCAAUACCCCCCGCGGUGCUGCGUACUCAUGUUCCAGCGUGAAUUCGCCAUGCGCCUAUUCGCGCGACCCGGCGAAAAACUCUACUCGCGCCUCUCCGUCAACGUGCAAAUGUGGUCCAAAGUCUCGCACGUCAUGAAAGUCGGGCGCAACAACUUCAACCCCCCUCCCCAAGUCGAAAGCAACGUUGUGCGCAUCGAGCCCAAGAACCCGCGCCCGCAAAUCGCAUAUGAGGAGUGGGACGGUUUGUUGCGAAUCUGCUUCGUCCGAAAGAACAGAACGCUGCGCGCUAGUUUCAUGGGUACCGCAGCCGUCCUCGAACUCCUCGCUAGUAAUUACCGUCUCUACUGCGCACAAAAUGACAUCCCCGUCGACGACACACCGCUUGAUCCCAGUGAAAUCACCGCAGCAGAAGAGGCCGAAACCAUGGAUGUAGACGACGAGUUCAAGGGCUUCUCUGAUCCCGACGAGCCAGACGAUGAGCUCCCUGAUUUCUUCAAGCAGCUCCAGGCUGAAAGCAAGAAGAGCAAGAACGGGGCGAAUCGCAAGCGCAAGGGUAGGCUCGCAGAGCUUGUGCGGGAGAAGGUUAGGAAGGUGCUUGAGGAUGAGACGCAACUUGCUGAUAAGCGAGCGCGGUUGUGUGAUGAAGCCGAUUUCUUGAAGCUGCUGUAUGCGUUUAAUCAGGAGGGUAUACAUUUUAGCUAAGAAGGCAGGAGUGGACGUGAACUAGGGGGCAAGUAAGAGGUCGCAUUGCAUGGCGUUUUGGGAUGCUUUCAUCAAGCACAAUGGCGUUCUGGCUGGAAGUUUCUUUUUAUGCGGAUGAAAAAGGCAUGAUUUGGGAGUUGAUGUACUAUGCGUCGAGA